AUGGCAUCUAUUAAAGAAGAUAUUGAUAUUUCUGAAAUUUCGUUAAGAACUGAUGUCGCAACUAUCGGUUCGAAUGAAAGCUUUCAAUUACCUAAUGAUGACGUAAUAACGAAAAAUGUUCUGCAAUGUAAACGAAAUGCUGAACGUAUAUUGGAAGUUUCUCAUAAAAAAAUCGAUUCUAAUAUCAAAAUCACCUAUACUACUUUAAUAGAUGACGUUGAACUUCUGACAUCUGAAUUAGAAAACAAAUCCAAGAAACCAGAAAACGGUGUUGAAGAAACAUACUCUAAUUCGAAAAUGAAAUGCUUCACAAAAGGAACCGUAAAAGAAGCCGAUGAUGUUAAGGUUGGAGAUAUCGAUCCUAAGGAAACGCAAGGAGACGUUGAUAAUACUGGUAAAGAAAAGUUACUUGAAGAAAAUAUUCAUUCAGAAAAAGCUCAGCCAGUUAUACAAGAGAGCAUGCAAGAAAUAAUCAUAGAAAAAACGGAUGAUUACAUUAAUGAUGCUCGUCACGAAACGUCCACCAAGUGUUUGGAUAAAAAGUUUGACGAAUCCAACGAAUGUCGAGGUAACCAGAUUGAAGAUGUACGUAACAGGAUGACGCAGCUUUCAGAUUUGGUGCAAGAUAUCAAGGAGACGACAACUUUUAUGGAGGCAAAUGUAAAAGAACUUCAAGGUUUUACAAAAAAGUUUCCAGAUAUUGAAAAAAUUUUUAAAACUUUGCAAGACAAAGCUCGCAAGAACGCUGAUGAUUUAAAUGUAAAAUUUGAUGAGCAAAAUGAAAGAUUCAAUGGUCAAAUAAAAGAUGUAUUAUUUAAGUAUGAUGAUCUUGCAAAGAGCUUAAUUGUAAUGGAUAGGAAUUGUGAUGUAUUGAAAAAGUUGCCGAAAUUUGAACAACUUAACCAAAACAGUCAAGAACAAAUUCGGACAAUACAAAUCAAAUCGGAAGAACUUGAACGCAAAGCAAAUGAAUCGGAAAUCUCAUUACGUGAUAAAUUGGAAAAACUUGGAAGUAAAAUUGAUAUAAUGAAUACCGAAGCUUAUAAAAAUAUAGGAGAUAUAAAAGAGGAUUUGAAAAAGUUCGAUAAUCGAAUAACUUUAUUAAAAGAAACCGAGGAUGAAUUAGAAAAUCGUUUACAAAAAGAAAUCAGAGAAAAUGAAAAAAACAUCCUUCAACGCCUUGAAGAAGAUAGGGCCAAAAAACUUGCUUUGAUAAUUACAUCCGUCAAGGAAGAGGCGGAAAACUUAUUUGGAAGGUUAGAUAUUCUGGAGUCAUCAUAUGAGGAUCUCCGAAAAGAAGUCAAAGAGUGCGAUGAUGAAAUAAUGAAAAGGGUGGUGGAAGACAGAGUCAUGUCUGAUCAAAUCAUUCGCGAUUCAAUCAAAGAAGCGAUUGAUUCUUAUGCUACAGAGUAUGAUGCAAAGGUCACUCAAAGGAUUCAUGAAGCGAUAGAAUUAUAUGAAGAAAGAGUUAAUAAACUUGCGGACACGUCCUUUGAACUUGAAGCUACAUUUAAUGAAGAAAUUCAAAAAACGGCCGAAAGAAGAAUUCAUGCUAUCGAAGAAGAGAAUAAAAGACUCAAGGAGCAUAAGCGAGUAUUAAAAAAUAAAUUAGAAACAAAAGAAGCUGAAUUUAUUGAAUUUAAAAUUGAAUGUGACCGCAAUGAUGGGAUAAUCGCUCGAUUGGGCAACGAUAAAACUGAAUUAGAAAAAAAAGUUCAAUAUAUAAAAAAUGAACGAAAACAGUUGGAAUUUAAAGUCAGAGAGAUGGAAAAUCAAAUUCGCGAAAUGGGAAGAAUUCACAAGGAGAACCUCGCGGAUAGCGAUGAAGAAAUCCGAAAAAUGAAAGUUGACAUGGAAAGACUUGAUCAAACAGCAAAAACUGUUGAAGCCGAUAAAGAUUGCUAUAAGAAAUGGUUGAAUGUUUCUUUCGCCGUUAUUAUAGCUCAUUUAAUGGCAAUUGUUUAUCUCCUUGCGAGUCCUUUCGAGAACAGCUGGUAUUUAAUCGCCAACAUUGGAACAUUGUAG